AUGGACUACCAGACCGGUGCUCGUGGCUGCUUUAACUGUAAGUUUCCUCCUUCUCUGCCCCGCUUCCGCUUGAAGGCUCUGCAGGCUCCCACAACCUGCUGGGAAUGGCCCUUCGGCUUCAGCGACAAGCGCGAGGCCACUCCAUGGCUCUCAAAUCUUCCUCCGUCGCGAUCGCGACUGCAUCCCCCGAAAUGCUCCUUGCCCGCCAAGGAGAAGUCCUGCUACCGCUGCGGCGAGACGGGCCACAUCUCUCGUGACUGCACCCAGGCUGGUGGCGACAGCUACGGUAGCGGUGGCCAGGGUGGCCAAGGUGGCGGCCAGGAAUGCUACAAGUGCGGUCAGGUCGGACACAUUGCGCGCAACUGCAGCCAGAACUACGGUGGCUACGGCGGCGGCAGCGGCGGCGGCUUCGGUGGUGGCCGUGCGCAGACUUGCUACUCGUGCGGUGGAUUCGGCCACAUGGCUCGUGAUUGCACUCACGGCCAGAAGUGCUACAACUGCGGCGAGGUUGGCCAUCUCUCUCGUGACUGCCCUACCGAGGCCCGGGGUGAGCGCGUCUGCUACAAGUGCAAGCAGCCCGGCCACGUCCAGGCUGCCUGCCCGAACUAG